ACAUUAAUUUUCUCUUCAUAUCUUGUUCACUUAUUAAUCCUUGUUUCUCCUUUCAAUCAUGGCUUCCCAAACAGCACUUGACCACCGACAAUGUCCAUCCCUGGAAAUAUCAUCCAUCCAUGUGAGCGAUCCUGAGAAAAACCAACACCAAUUACUGGCUCUAGAAAAUGAGGUUGACUAUUCCCAAAGGGCACAGUGGCUUCGAGCUGCUUUAUUGGGAGCCAAUGAUGGGCUCGUUUCUGUCGCCUCACUGAUGAUGGGUAUUGGAGCUGUUAAAACAGAAGUGAAGUCCAUGCUUCUUGCUGGUUUUGCAGGCUUAGUCGCCGGGGCAUGCAGUAUGGCUAUUGGAGAGUUCGUCUCUGUGUACACUCAGAGGGACAUAGAAGUGGCUCAAAUGAAGAGAGUUCAAGCAAGAGCAGAUGGGAGUGAUGAAGAGACUGAAAGGGCGGAGAUUCCAAAUCCUGCACAGGCUGCAAUGGCAUCGGCUCUUGCGUUUUCAGCUGGAGCAGUUGUGCCAUUAGUGGGGUCUGCGUUUAUAAGAAACUACAGAGUGAGGCUUGGGGUGGUGGUUGCGCUGGUGAGCAUGAUGCUGGUGGCGUUCGGAGUAGCAGGAGCAGUGCUUGGUAGGACUCCGGUGGUGAAGUCAUGCGCUAGGGUGGUGAUCGGAGGCUGGAUGGCUAUGGCCCUCACCUUCGGGCUCACUAAGUUGAUUGUCUCCGGUGGUCUAGAAAUGUGAUCGAUUGCUAUAAUAUACAUAAGUUCUUCGUUUUCGCAAUUUUAUCAUGCAUCUUUUGGUUUUGAAUAACAGUGUGAAUGGUUUUGCUUGAGUAAAAUUUUAUGUUUCAGUAUAUGGAUCAAAUUAAAAUAAAAAAAUGAAGUAUAUAUGCUGGGAAAAAAAAAUUCGAGACCAUAUUUACUUCA